GCGCGAAUAGCCACCCCGGGUGAUCGAAAGGCCGCACCCCCAGUUCGGGCCCCGUCAUCCACCGGCAUGUUCUGGAUCCUCAAGAAAUCCCGGCUCACCUCGACUGCGGUGUCAUUCUUCAAUUCGAUCAAUAACAACGUCGUCCAGUCGGCCAACACGGGAGGCUACAACAAGCUCUGUGGUACUGAGGAAACAGAAACGAUUUGUAACAACUAUGAAAAGAAGGUCGAGAAUGUCUGGAAUAUGGCCGAGGUGGAGUCCGACUCCGGUGGGAGCAGAUCAGAGAUCGAGUUUGAAGAGGAACUGUCACAAGAUUCGGAUUACGAGGAGAAUUUGACGUGCAACGUCUGCGAUAGGUUUUUCUGUUCGCAGAGCCAGCUUUCUCGACAUCAAAAGAAAAAGCGACACUUUGGUUGUUCGUCCUGUGACAGCCUUUUCUCAUCGCUCAUGGCUUUGGAACACCAUAAGGAAGAAUUCGAGCACUGGUCCGGAUCGGACGUCGGGCCCAUGUCGGAUGAGAGCGACCAGGAGCCGUCGAGCCAUGAAAUGGAACGGCUGCUCUAGUCAUCGAUUUAGAUUUUAAAAACGCGAGCUUCAGUGAGAACGCCGACAGCGUCGACUGGCCGGCUAAAAUCUACUGUUAUUUCGAGUAAUUUUACAACCCUUUUGAACCGAAUUGAGAGAUCAAUCUGAUUUAAAAAGAAAAAUCUGCCCUGGGAUCCGCUCUCUCUUUAUUUUUCCUUCAAGUAAAAGCCAAAGAGUAAGAGCAAAUUUGGGAAAUACCACUGGCUAUUUGCCGCUGUCGAAGCGUUUCGACACAUUUAAUAUAACAAAUUAUCUUUUUAUAUUAAUUAUUAUAGUACCAUUUUUUUCUUGAAAUCCCGUGCCUUCCCUACACAAAUCUUUGAUUAAUUAAUCGAAUUAAAAUAAAUAAUAAUAUUCCAACUUGGAUAAACCUGGUGUCUAAUAUCUCAAGAAUUUGAAUUUACCGUUAAAACCCAAAAAUGUAAACCUCUCCUCCCCUUAUCAAAGCAGCAAUUUUCUAUUUUCAAAAAAGUCAAAACUAGUCUGUAAGGUAAAGUAGAAAGAAUGACAACCCAAAAAUCGGUGGCACAAUUUUAAAUAUAGACGUAUUAAAUGUCAAAAUUAGGCAAUAAGAAGCACCAAUGCCAAAUUUAAUAAAUAAAUAAAUGUAUAAAAAAAGGCCUAUCUUACCCCCCUCCCCAAAAAAAAAUAAAAAAAUAAAAAUAAAAUAAAUAAAUAUACAUAUAUAUAUAAAUCUGUAUUGCUUAUUAUUAAAAAUAUAAACCAUCAAAAUCCCAUUAGAGAAAUAUUGUGAUAUAAUGUUUAUUUCCAAAAGAUUUUCGAGUAUUACACAAUGCUGUGCAAAUGGCCAAAUUAGUUUGUAAAAUUUUUAUUUUAGUGUUUCUUUUUUUUUUUAAUAAUAAUAAUAAAUGUAAAAGAGCAUAAUAAAAAAUGUCCAUUAAUAGCAAUAUGAAGAAAUUGAAGUGUAAGCCAUAUCAUAACAAUAUCAUUUGUGACCAAUGUACCUACUUAAUGAUAAUAAAUAUAUUUUCAUCCCA